CUAUAGAAUGGCUGAAACUGCGAAUUCGAAGAGACUUAGUGAUGAUGGCAAACAAUGUUUACAAAUUCUUGCAACAUUAUCUGCAGGCUCCUUAGCAAUCACACCAGGAAUAACGUUCUCAUGGUCUGCACCUUUCCUGCCGAAAAUUACGAAGGACAAAGAAAACUAUGACAUCACCGAAGAAGAAGUCGUACGAUUCCAAGCAGUGUCGUUCAUUAGUGUCGUCAUUUUCUGUCCGAUUUUCUCGAAACUGUGUGACGUAAUUGGAAGGAAAAGAACCUUGCUUCUGAUGAGCAUCCCCGACUUACUAGCAUGGAUACUGAUAGCGAAUGCAGAAAGAGCACACGCCUUUUACCUUGCCAAAGUACUAUCAGGCAUAUCUAAUGGCAUUAUGUUGGCAGUUGUACCCACAUACAUUGGGGAAAUAAGUGAACCUGAAGUGAGAGGAACUUGGGGCAAUUCUGUGACUGUGUUCUUUUAUGCAGGUCAACUAUUUGUGACUGUUGUUGGUAGUUAUUACAGUGUCCAAACAUCAUGUUACAUCUUCAUGCCCAUUCCUGUUGUGUUCGGUUUCUUAUUUACCUUCAUGCCAGAUAGUCCUGUUUUCUUUCUGAUGAAAGGAAGACAUGAGGAAGCUGGAAAUUCGCUAAGGAGACUCAGAGGUAGGAAUGACAUCAGCACCGAUUUGGAAGCCUUGAAAGCAGAUGUGGAUCGACAGAUGUCUGAAAGAGGAACGUGGAGAGAUCUGUUCCUGAUAAAAAGUAACAGGAAAGCUCUGAUUGCCUUGACGUUUUUGAGGUUUUCUCAGAUUCUAAGUGGAUCAGUUAUGUUCGUCAUCUAUAUCGGUUAUAUUUUCGAAAAGUCAGUUGGUACUUUCACUUCAGAGACAUCAUCAAUUAUAUAUAUGGCCCUGCACCUUCUGCUGAGCUUAUCUGCAUCUUUUAUUGUCAAUCUUCUGGGGAGAAAAAAGUCUCUGGUUUAUUCUCUAACACCGUGCAGUAUCAUUUUAUUCAUCGAGUCUGUUUAUUUUUACAUGGAUGAACAAGUCACAAAUGUGGAUUUCAGUUAUUGGAACUGGAUACCUGUCAUAGGCUUAGUGUUAUUCGUUGUUAUUUCUUCAUUUGGAAUAGACAUCAUGCCAACCCUCAUGCAAGCAGAAUUAUUCUCAGCAGCUAUCAAAGCGAAAGGUAUAGGUUUACUCCUGGUACUCACUGCUAUCAUGGCUGUCAUCAUCAAUUAUUUAUUUUACCUGCUGAGUUCCAGCUUUGGAAUGUUUUUACCAAUUCUGAUAUUUGCGUGUUGCAAUGCAAUAUCUGCAAUAAUAGCUUCCUACAUUAUACCAGAAACUAGAGGUAGAACUCUUGAAGAAAUUCAACAAGAUAUGAAGGGGCCAGUCAGACUGAUGAUAGAUGAUGGAAAAGUGUACGAAAAAUGCAACCUAAACAUUCUGUAA